AUGAACUCAACAAAUGGUGGGCCAACUGGUGACUACCUCAAUCCAAAGUUGCCCACAUGGGAUGGGUCUUGGAAGAGUUUUCCAGACUAUAGAUUCUCCGUGCAACUGGAAGUAGAUGGCUGCAAGGAAGAUGAAAGAGCCCUUUUGGCUCCUCGCCUCGUCAGGAACUUGACUGGCCGGGCUUGGGAGGCCUGUCUCGACAUCGACAGGGAGAAGCUGCGUCAACCAGAUGGCGCUGAGUAUCUCCUCGACUACCUCCGUGGGAGGCGUGGCAAACAGGAGGUGGACCUCCUGGGUGAUUCCUUGCAGCAGUAUUUCCAAUCUGGCGAUGCCGUCAGGCGCGAGGGGGAGAGUCUGAAUGACUAUGAGCAGCGACAUUCCGUGUUCAUUCGUGACAUACGGAAAGCCAUGGUUGACAUUGGAUGCAAAGAUUCUGUGCCAGAAGAAAUCUAUGGCUGGUUCAUGAUCAACAAGCACCUGCGUCUAGACGCCACUGACAUGGCCAUGAUCAAAGCCCAAACACAGUCAUACAAAUUGACUGGCGUACUGCAGGAUGCAGCCACCAUUGCCUUUGCUGAGCAGCCUGAUGAUGAAGUCGUGUUAGCCAACUUCCAAGAAGCCAAGAAGACCUUCUACAAGGAGGCGCGAAAGGCUCUGGACAAACAUCGAGUAUCACGUGGCUUCUAUCCUGCAACCAAGGGUAAAGGAAAAGGGAAGGAGUCGGGGAAGUCGUCUUCGGCGUCUUCAGGGUUUCAAGGUCGAUGCAUGCGUUGCGGAAAGGUCGGACACAAGGCCAUGCAAUGCAAGCAGACUGUCAAUGGAACUUCAGCCAAUGGAUCCAACAAAUCUGGUGACUCUGGUAGGGUAGGAUUUGUCUAUGCUUCUGGCAUGCGAAAAGAGGUGCGCUUCCAAGAAGACAACCAUGAGCACACCUUGGUGCCCUCGCUGGCCGUCUUGGCGGAUGAAACUCAGACCAAGGCUAUCUUGGACAGUGGUGCUAGUGAAAGCAUCGUGGGUGCUCACACACUCCAAGUUCUGUAUGACAAGCUUCAGCAAUUGGGGCUAGAUCCAGAACAUCAUGUCCAAGUCAAUCGACAGUACCGUCGUUCCUUCAUCUUUGGAAACAAUGAGACGUCAUUAGCCUUAGGUCUUGCAUCCUUGACGGUGGGCAUUGCAGGCGCUCAAGUGACGCUACCCAUCCACAUCGUAGAAGGUCAAACUCCGCUUCUUCUGAGUUCGAAAUGGUUAGAGGAACAUGAGGCCAUCAUUGACUUCAAGACUGGCCUAGCUCAGUUUGCGUUCACCGGCAAGCAGAUUCAGCUGGAACGUGCUAGCACGAAUCACCUUCUGCUGUCCCUGACUGAGUUUUCGCAGCCAAAUGUAGGUUCAGAGUUGAGCGACAAGCUGUCGCACUGUGAAGCGUAUGUGACGUGCCCCGCAGUCAUCGAUGCUGGUGGUCGGGCGGUCCGGAACUCCAAGGUGAUGCCGGGGGCGAGCAACCUCUUCGAGCCAGUUCCUGGAAGGCAUGAGGAUGAUGAUGAGGACUUUGAGGAGGAAGGCGUAGGAGCUUCUCAGUGUGAAACAGAACGAUAUCUUCCUGAAGAGGAACUCGACCUUGAAAUGUCGCCUAGUCUCCUCGAUGAAGACUUGUUGCCUGAAGCCCCUCCGACUGAGGACUACGAUCAUGAGGACAUUCCACGUGACCCCGGAAAAUGGGAAGCCCAUCAGAUCCUUAAGAAAUUGAAGACCAUUCAUGCGAAUCUGGGACACCCCUCAAAACAUGUCAUGUGUCGUCUUCUGAAGGAGGCUCAGGCAACUCAGGUCGUUCUUGAUGCAGCUGCCAAGUUCGAGUGCGAUUUUUGUCGACAACGCGGUCAUGCCGCUAUGCAUCGAACUUCACAGGUACCACUUCCAAAGGAGAAAUGGGAAGUUGUGUCGGUUGAUACCUUUUGGUGGUAUAGUCCUCAUCGUGAUGAAAAAGGUAAUCCGGUUGUUCAAGCUGUUGGUUUGUCGAUUAUGGAUGAACUUACCGAUUAUCAUACUGGUGUGAUUGUUAGAACUGGACUCAAGAAUAUUCCCAAUCUCAGUGGUGCAGAAUUCCGAAAAGCACUGUCUCAAACUUGGUUGAAACAGUUUCCACAGCCUCGUUUUCUUCGCAUGGAUGAUGAAGGUGCUUUUCGCGAUGAUCAAACGGUGUCUUGGCUCGAAAGCCAAGGCAUUCAGAUUUCCUAUGCAGCUGGAGAAGCCGCCUGGCAGGUAGGGAAGCACAGUCGCCAUCUUGCCACACUUAAGGAAACUAUGAGCCUCUUGGCCACAGAGAAAGGACCGGAGAUGAGUGUCGAUGAACUCUUGUCUCUGUCCAUUGCAGCUAAGAAUCGACUUCAUCAAAUCAAGGGAUAUAGUCCUAAUCAGUGGUCUUUUGGUUCGGAACGAAACAGUGUGGAAUCAUGGCUCGAGUUUGGUGAUCAUCUGCCUACCCAAAGUCGGCGCGAAACCGACUUGACUUUUGAACAAAAUCUUGAAAACAUUCAGAAGGCCAAACAGGCAUUCUUGCAAGCAGACGCACGCCGCAGACUGCUUCGAGCCGAAAAAGGCAAAGCGCGUCGUGCUGAGAAUUUUGAUUUGGGACAGCUUGUCUAUUUCUACCGUAAAGGGAAGGGGUCGGCAAGUAACCGGCAACCGGGCUGGUAUGGACCAGCAAGAGUUGUAGGAGUCGAAAAGAUGAAGGACGAUGAUGAAACAAAAACUCAAGGGUCUAUCGUCUGGGUGAGUCAUGGCACAACCUUGUAUCGAUGUGCACCUGAACAGUUGCGCAAAGUCACAAAGAACGAUAUCGCCAUGUCGACCGAAGCCAGCCGUCAGAAGCUCAUCCAGAAGCUGUCCACCAAGGUGAAUCAGCAAGAGGUCGACUCGAAGGAGCAGGCCUAUCAGAUGGAGUAUCAGCGAUGCCAAAAGAUGUCCAUCAAGGAUCUCGGCGCCGAGCCGAUGAAAGCUGGCCGCCAUGCCCAGGAGACGUGCCACAACGUCUACCAGAAGCAUCCGGACUACCUGAUUUGGCUCAUCCAGCAUCACCCCAAGAAUCCAAAGUUCACGAACAUCCAGGUGUAUGCCGAGAAGGUGACAGCCGAGAAGGACGAGGCACCCUCGUCAAAGACCGGUCAGUCCUCGGGAGAUCUCCUUCUGAGUCCACCAAAGAAGACUUCUGGAAAAAUGCAGCCGACCUUCGAGAGCGACAGCGAGUGGGACGACUUGCCGAUGCCAACUCCGAAGAGCACCGAGCCCCCCAAGGGCGAAGUGACGUCGAUGAUGGCCACCAUGAUGGAAGCCAUCACCAGCCUCAAGGGUCAACUGGACCAGGUGCAGCAGUCGAACGUCGAGCACCAGUCAGCUCUGCACCAGAGCAUCGGAGCGAUCCACGCCAUCCAGAUGAAUCAGGAAGAGCAAGAUCGUCGACUGAGCCGCAUGGAGGAUACCAUUUUGAAUGCUGAGGAUCUCCGACUAGGCUGCUUUGCUAAGGUGUCACAAUGGCCUGCAUGCAAUGGGUUCUUUCUUGGAAACGUGUUGAAGAUCAAGAUGGCCCAAAGAGCGAUCUUUGCAGAUCCACCGGACGAGGUGAAACUCAUGUUAGGUUCAACAACUCCGGGAGUCUUUUCCUUUUGGGUCAUGGAAAUGGGCUAUGGAUGA